GCGGGGGCGGGCGCGGCGCUGUGACGUAGCCCCGCGGGCGGGGGCGGCGGCGGCGGCGGCGGCGCCCCUCAUGCUGCGACGCCCGCUGGCCGGGCUGGCGGCGGCCGCCUUGGGCCGGGUCCCCUCGGACGGGAUGUCAGGACCGAGGCCGGUCGUCCUGAGUGGACCGUCAGGGGCCGGGAAGAGCACCCUGCUGAAGAGACUCUUGCGGGAGCAUGGCAGCGUCUUCGGCUUCAGCGUGUCCCACACCACAAGGGACCCGCGGCCUGGAGAAGAGAAUGGCAAAGAUUACCACUUUGUGACGAGGGAGGUGAUGCAGCGGGACAUCGCCGCGGGCGACUUCAUCGAGCACGCCGAGUUCUCAGGGAACCUGUAUGGGACUAGCAAAGCUGCUGUGCGGGCAGUGCAGGCCAUGAACCGCAUCUGCGUGCUGGACGUGGACCUGCAGGGUGUGCGCAACAUCAAGAAGACGGACCUGCAGCCCAUCUACAUCUUCGUGCAGCCACCCUCGCUGGACGUGCUGGAGCAGCGGUUGCGGCAGCGGAACACGGAGACAGAGGAGAGCCUGGCCAAGCGGCUGGCGGCCGCUCAGGUUGACCUGGAGAGCAGCAAGGAGCAGGGCUUGUUUGACCUGGUCAUCGUCAACGACAACCUGGACGCGGCCUAUCGGGCCCUGGAGGAGGCUCUGGCCGAGGAAAUCAAGAAGGCUCAGAGGACCAGCCGCUCCUGAGCAGGACCAGCAGCUGCGUACUCCCUGCUGGGGACUGCGCUCACCUCAGCUAGCGCCCAGACUGCCGCGGCCAGAGGACCCUGGCCUCCCCUUCCCCCUCUGCCGUGGGAGCUGGGUCAGGGUGUAAUAAAGAACUGCUGGGCAGCAGUGUCCGUGAGCCACGGCAUCUUGUCCUG